GCCCUGACUAUUUGCGGAAUCGCAAUUUAGUGCCGGUAUAAGACAUCGCGAGUGACGACGAACUAUCGUAGGGACUCCGGAUUGUGUAAAACAAUUUGAUUUUGUUGAUGUGUCAAAUUUACGACUAAAUAUCUAGAGCGAUACAACGCACGUCCAAAGCAUCGCACACACAUCCAAUGUGGUGAACUCGAACGGUGGGAAUAAACACAUCACACAUCAGAACCCCACAGAAUUCCACCACCAUCCGGUAGCUGCACACCCGAUUCAACACACUGUACAACUUAUCACACACUUUAUUGUGCACCCUGAACAUACUAUUCAUGAAUAUUCUUAAGAAACUGCAACGAUUCAUCCCCGUCUAGUCAUACCCCGAGUGAUAUUCGUUGAGUUAACAGUUCAAAAGUUAUCGAUGGUUCGUUAGAAAAACAUAUUGGCAAUAUUGGUGAUAAUUUCAUAGCGAGAAAUUUCCGAUCCAUCCGGGGGGAGCAUCCCAGUACGAGUGUAAUCCCAUCCAAGAGAGAAAAUGAGUGAUACCACUAGUGGCAUAAGUGACACUGGAGAGAUACCCAGCAGCUCAUUUCCGAGCAGUUCUGAGGACGAUAAACUGUUGGGUGAAACUGGGGCAGCAAACGACGUUGUCGACGAAAUGACUGGCGCCAGCAAGGAGCAAAAUCCGGAAAAAGAGGAAAAUGCACAACUCCAGGGCACUACUGGCGACAACGUGGGCUCCCUGCUGUAUUCCUUCGCCAAGAAGGUGGUGACAGUGGGUAUCAUAUAUUUCGUCGGUUACAUGGGCUGGUCAGUGGCAUGGUUGAUUACACCGGUCUUACUGUCUGUGGCACGCGAACAGUGGCGAAACAAGAACGAGACUCGUCGUAAUGUGGCCAAAGCAUCGGCAUUGGCCAGUGAUAAGGAGGUCAUCCUGGCACGGCUUGGUGAUUUACCUGCAUGGGUAUUCUUUCCAGAUGUUGAACGUUGUGAGUGGCUUAAUAGGAUCCUGAAGCAAGUAUGGCCCAACGCGAACUUCUUCGCAAAGAACCUCAUCAAGGAAUCCAUCGAGCCCAACAUUCAACAAGCGUUGGCCGGAUACAAACUGAAUGGUUUCAAAUUCGACCGAAUGAUCUUGGGAACAAUCCCCCCGCGAAUCGGUGGGGUAAAGGUGUACGAGAAGAACGUGUCCCGUAAUGAAAUCAUUAUGGAUUUGGACUUGUUCUACGCCGGUGACUGUGAUAUCAACUUCUCGUUGAGUGGAUUACGGGGUGGAAUUAAGGACUUCCAAAUCCACGGUACGGUGCGGGUCAUAAUGAAGCCACUUAUUUCGCAGAUGCCUCUGGUCGGUGGUCUCCAGAUUUUCUUCCUAAACAAUCCGAAUAUCGAUUUCAACCUGGUGGGGGUGGUUGAUCUGCUUGACAUGCCCGGGUUGAGUGAUAUUCUGAGGAAAAUUAUAGUGGAGCAGGUCGCCGCUAUCAUGGUGCUACCAAACAAGCUGCCAAUCAUUCUGAAUGAUGGUGUUCCAGCGCUUUCACUGAAGAUGCCAGAGCCGGAGGGUGUUCUCCGAAUUCAUGUCGUCGAGGCGAAGGAUCUGAUGAAAAAGGACAUCAGUGUUUUGGGCAAGGGCAAGUCCGACCCGUAUGCCAUAGUGUCCGUUGGUGCUCAACAGUUCCGCACGCAGACCAUCGACAACACGGUCAAUCCCAAAUGGGACUACUGGUGCGAGGCGUUUAUCCACGCGGAAAGCGGCCAACAAUUGCAGAUAGUUCUCAACGACAAAGACGCCGGCGGCGACGAUGAACUGCUGGGAAGAGCCACCGUCGAGAUCAGCAGUGUUACCAAAAAUGGAGAAAUUGAUACUUGGUUGACACUUGAGCAAGCCAAGCAUGGUUUGGUUCACCUGAGAUUGACCUGGUUCAGAUUGAGCGCCGACAAGAACGAUCUGAAAGCUGCUCUGGAAGAAACUCAACUGCUGCGCGUUACUUCGAUGAGCACUGCCUUGCUGACGGUGUUCAUAGAUUCGGCCAAAAAUCUACCGCAAGCACGUCAGCAAAGCCAACCGGAUCCUUAUCUGGUGUUAAGUGUAGGAAAGAAAACGGAACAAACUAGCGUUCAGAUGAGAACCGAUGCUCCUGUUUGGGAGCAAGGGUUCACAUUCUUGGUUGGAAAUCCGGACAACGAUACCUUGCAGUUGAAGGUGGUCGACCAGAAGACUGGUAACACGCUGGGCUCGUUGGUCUACAUUUUGAGCGCACUGAUGGAGAAAAAAAAUCUGGAACUGAUGUCUCAGCCGUUCCAGUUGCAGAAAUCGGGCCCCGAAACCAAGAUCAUCAUGUCUUUGUCUCUUCGAGUCUUGAAGCGUAGUCGUGACUCGGUUGAUGAUGCUACUUCCGAUAAAACGUCUACAUCUGAGGGAUACGGUGGCGAUAGUACCUUAUCGAGAUCGAGUUCCAUCAGAGCUGCUCCUUCGCCGCCUGCAGCUGAUUCAACAACUUCGGAACAGGUGGUUGCCAGUUCCAUCAAGCGACAGGAAUCUCGCAAAUCUACGACCUCGGGUAUUACCGACCAAAUGACCAUUCAGGAAGAACCGUUCGUUGUGUCUACGCUAAAUACAGUCAUGAUGGCUACUCCACCCAGAAGUCCUAAUUUGAGUGAAAAUGGCUCAGAACUUUUGCGACGUAGUCCGAGUACCACUUCUUCCGCAGGAUCAGCUGGUCUUGGACGGAUCCAGUUAACGAUUGCAUUCAGCGUUCAACGACAGCGAUUGCUCGUGAUCGUUCAUAAAAUUAGCAACAUCCCACAGAAAGAUCCGUCUAAUAUUCCGGAUCCCUACGUUAAACUGUACUUACUUCCUGGUAGAUCCAAAGAAUCCAAGCGAAAAACCAAUGUCGUUAAGGACAACUGUGAUCCGGUGUUUGACGCUACUUUUGAGUACAUCAUUUCGAAUGCCGAGCUGGUCAACUCAGAAUUAGAAGUCACGGUUUGUACUCAGAAAGGAUUCUUCGGAAGUCCAGUCAUCGGAAUGCAAAAACUGAUUUUGAGUGAUCCGGAUAUUGCAACGGCGCAAGGUGUUAAAGCAUGGUAUGAUUUGCUACCGGAAUCAAAAUUUGAGUAAAACAGCGUACCAGCGCUAACAAAGCUUUACAGUCACAUUUACAUAAGAUUUUCACACCAUUAUGAACGAAGAAUUCAGUAAAAUACAUGGAAAUUAUCGCGAAGCGUAUUUUAAUUCAUAUUUAUUCCUCUUAUACAAAGAAAAUGCACUUUUUGCAAACAAAUUCGUCCACAAUUUUUAUCUCUUAUAUUCGACCGCGUGUUUUAAAGAUUUUACAAAUAGAAGAGCACAAGUCAAGAUUCUCGUACAGCACUAUGGUAUUGAAAAAGAACAAUGAUGCAAAGCAUCUUCUUAGUUUUUUCUACAUUUCUAAUGAUAUUUUUUUUUCCUAAUUCUAAUUAACGAGCAACUUUAAAAUCAGGCCAAAUUCAGAGCAAAAAAUUCAGAUGAGAGAUCCUUUUGUAGAGAUAGGAGUAAAUGUUGUAGGAUUUCAGCAGGUUCCUGCCUCUUUAUCAAAGGCUUGUAGAUCUUAGGGUACUUCCUGAUGGUUUGCGCUAGCUGACGGUAGUCAUCCUUGAACUGAUCUCAAUGAACAAUUAUAUUGUACACGUCUUGAGCAUCCGAGUUAAACAGGAUUUUUAUUGGAGAAGGAGCAAAGGGGAUGACAAACUCAGUCGCAGGAGGAGGGGGAGGAGGGGAAUAGAUUCUAACGGUCUUUUUGGGCUUUUUCAUGUCGGCGUUGAUCUACCUACCUUGAUACCUUGAUGGCUACAGCGUAGCAUCACGCCAUUGCCGGGCGUAUUGUAGAGCUCCAUCUUCGUCGGUCUUGGGCGAAACUUCUCCAGUUGCCCCGAACGUUUAGGGUCGCCAGGUCCUCUUCCACUGCGUACAGCCAGCGUAUUCGUGGUCUUCCCCGAAGCCGCCAGCCUCUACCUGGUUCCCUGCUGAAUAUUAUUUUCGCAAUUCUUUCUUCCGACAUUCGCACUAAGUGACCAGCCCACUGAAGUCUGCCGUAUUUUACACGAUUGAUAAUAUUCGCAUCUUUGUACACUUGAUACAACUCGUGAUUCAUGCGUCUGCGCCACACACCAUUUUCGAGUUUCCCACCGAGUAUUGUCUGCAGCACUUUACGCUCGAAAACACCGAGAGCUUUCCGGUCUGACUCUUUCAACGUCCACGCUUCAGGGCGAAUUUAGUUUCGGUUUGCAAGCUGCGGGACCUAAGCUGGUUACGUAGUCCGUAAAAGGCCCUAUUCGCAGCCGCAACACGUCUUUUCACUUCGCGGGAAACGUCGUUGUCACAUGUCACAAGUGUUCCAAGGUAAACAAAUUCUUCAACAACUUCAAACACAUCCCCAUCAAACACUACCUCAGCACUUACACCACAAUGCCUGACUCUAUCUCUACCUGCAACCAUGUACUUCGUCUUGGUAGAAUUGAUGGUCAGGCCUAUCCUCGCUGUCUACCUCUUCAGAGGCACGAAGGCCUCUUCCACUGACCUGCGAUCGAUUCCAAUCAGGUCUAUAUCGUCCGCAAAGCCAAGGAGCAUGUGCGGCCUUGUGAUAAUAGUGCCAUUUCUUUGCACGCCAGAUCUCCUAAUAGCACCCUCAAGUGCAAUGUUGAACAGUAAAUUCGAAAGUGCGUCUCCCUGCUUCAAUCCGUCUAACGUCACGAACGAGGUUGACACCUCGUCUGCGAUCCGAACACUUGAUUUCGAACCAUCCAGCGUAGCACGUAUCAGCCUAAUUAGUUUCGCCGGAAAACCAUUUUCAGACAUUAUCUGCCAAAGCUCAUUUCUUUUCACUGAGUCGUACGCCGCCUUGAAAUCAAUAAACAGAUGGUGAGUCUGCAAGUUAUACUCCCGGAAUUUGUCUAGGAUCAUUCGCAAGCUAAACAUCUGGUCCGUUGUCGAACGGCCCUCACGAAAACCAGCUUGGUAUUCGCCGACGAAGGACUCCUCGAGCGGUCUCAGUCUGUUAAACAGGAUGCGCGACAGAAUUUUGUACGCCGAAUUCAGCAGGGUAAUUCCUCUGUAAUUGGCACACUCCAGUCUGUGCCCUUUCUUGUAGAUAGGGCGGAUGAGGCCAUCCAACCAGCCGGUGGGCAAUUCUUCGUCCUCCCAUACCUUCAGAAGUACUCGGUGGAUCGACUGGUAAAGCUGCGGCGUUGAUCUAGGUUUGCAUAAAAUCGGUCAUGUGUUCUCGAGCUUCCCUGAAGGUGUCCACGAACCCUUUUACAGAGCUGUUCAAGUGCCCGAGCUGACCUGUAAUGGUCUCCAGGAGCUCGGCUUGGUGAGAGACAGCUCGGUCCCGAGACUCUUGCACACGUACGAUCUCCUCAUGUUCAAUCAUGCUUCCGAGGAGGGACAGGCUGAUAUCAAGAGCCUGCAAAUCAGAAAAAGUGGCCAUAGACCGGACCUGAGAUAGCAGCCUGUUGCUGGUGGAGGGAGAGCAAGUUUUAAACAGGCUGGUAAGCAAGGGGAAUAGAGAUCAGCCAUGGGACAUUUGCAUAAUGAUCUCAUUGUAGUCUUUGAGAUUGCGCACUCCCCUGAAGGGGUUGAAAAAGUGGCCCUGAUAGGUAAAGCAGUAGAGGGUAUCAAGAUUCUUCCUUAACCACUGUUACGAAGCAAAACAAAGGUCAGUAUAAACGAGGUUAUCAUCGACACCUACCGGGAUCUCCACCGGAGGAACCCCCGAUGACUCUUGGUCUUCAAGAGGGAGCGGGGGAGCCUCUUCAGACAGGAUGGAUGAGAUAUACGGACCCAUCGGGGGCGGUCUGGGGGAUUCGGGUUGAACUGCUGACGGAGUUGCUGGAGGGGUUGACUUCCCAAAUUCCCCACUCACCCGCUUGGUAGGUUUCGAUGGACUAGCCACACCACUCAUUCUCCGUGCAACGGCUUCCUUCUCACGUUGCUCUUUUUCUAGAGCCUGAGGCCUUGCCUCCCCUGAAGUUGGCAUGCCUUCUCCUUCGGGAUGGGUCGAAAGGGCCUUGGAGGCGUUGCGAUUGAUAAGACUCAGCACGGCGGGAUCGGUAUUAAGAGUUAACGGGGAGUGGAGUUGGGCUUCUUGAAUCUGCUAGGACAAUCCUGUCACUUGGUCUCGGGAGAGACGGUCUGGGAGCUGCUGAACGGUCUUGAGAACGUUAGAAUCCAGAAAAACUCGGGUAUCUUGAGAGUUUUUGCUCAUUAUAAAAAGGUAACAAGACAAAGUAGAGUUUGAAGGUAAAACGAGAUAGCAGAUGUAUUCGGAAAUGACGGGAAAUUAUAUUUCUCUUCUUCUCUUCUAUUAUCAAGCUCUUUAAGGCACCGAACAUGAACAGAAUAUUUGAAAUUGUCUCCAAAUCGUGUCAAUUAGUAGGAAAGAAAUUCAACAAAUAACAUGCAAAGUAAGUGACAUAACUGUACCAUAAAACAAUCAAUAGUUGCCUGGCAAGGGGAACUUUUUGCUCUCGGAUAACAGUCCUACUGAACAGUUGUGCUGCCUGCGGCCUUUAGUGUUUAGUGCAAGAAACGUGGACUUGUUGUGAAGCGUAACUUUUAGCUGUUAAAUUCGAUUGUAGUACCCGGAGCUUAUGGAAAUAAUGAUAAAGUGCACGACAGUAGAGAAACAUUUAGCUUUAUGCUCAUGAUAAAAUUUUGUUGCAAAGAAGUAUAAAUUAAAGUUAUAAUAUGCAUAGUAGUGUAAGUCUUGUUAUGGAUACAGUGAGAAGCAUAGUUAUAAAUUUGCUCUGAUAAGAAAAUUGUACUUGUAUUGAAAUGAACACAUGAUAUGAAUAAAACGUACUUCAGAUUUAUUGUCAUUUGCUAUGAUCGAA